CAGCUUCCGUCCACGGAUCAUCAUAAAAAGGGGCCAGGGCGAGCGAGAGCAAGACAGAGAAGGGUUGUAAACCAGCGGUGAAGGUUGAUCUGCUGCAGACACUUCUGUGACCUCCGCGCACUGCCUGCCAAUACUUCCCUGGCCAUGAUGAGUGAAUCCUUCCUGUGCCUAGUCACCCUGCUGGCUGCCAUGAUGACUCCAGCCCUGACCGUGACCAGCCCCCAACUGGCCGAGCUCGGGAGCAACUUUGGGAUCCGUGUCUUCCAGGAAAUUGUCAGGUCCGCCGGCGACCAGAACGUAGUCCUCUCGCCCCACGGCGUGGCAGCGCUGAUGGGGAUGGCUCAGCUGGGGGCGGCAGGGAACACACUCCACCAGCUCGAGAACACCAUGCAGUACCGGCUGAAUGAUAAUGGUGUGCUUCUGGCCCUGAGGCAGCUCCGUAAAGACCUCAUUGCCAAGAGCAACCAGGAUGCGGCCUAUGUCGCCAGCUCUGUGUUCGUCCAGAGGGACAUGCAGCUGCCAGUGGCCUACAUGAGCAAGUACAGGAAGGCAUUCAACAGCUGGCCAAAGCAGCUGUUCUUCCAGAACAACGCAAAGGCCACCUACAUCAUCAACAAAUGGGUAGAUGUGAAAACCCGAGGAAUGAUACACGACUUUCUCCAGCCAGGCUUGCUGGAUCCCAUUCUGACCCGCAUGGUCCUGCUCAACGCCAUUUACUUCAAGGGCCUGUGGAAGAUGCCAUUCCCCUCAGAGGGCACACAGCAGCGCGAGUUCUACAAGGCGGAUGGGACGAGGAUUAUGGUGCCCAUGAUGGCACAGAUCGCCAAAGUGAAUGCUGGCGAGUUUGUGACUCCCAGUGGCAUGGACUACGAUGUCAUCGAGCUGCCCUAUCACGGCGAGACGUUCAGCAUGUACAUUGCCGCCCCGUACCAGAAGAGAGACCCGCUGUCCACCCUCACUAACAUCAUCGACAUCCAGCUGGUCAACGAGUGGAAGACGAAUAUGCGCCUUGUCAAACGCCAGGUCGCCCUGCCCAAAUUUUCCCUGGAGACAGAGACAAAUCUGGAAAAGCCACUGGAAAACAUGGGAAUAAAGGAUAUGUUUAAUGGAGCAGAGGCAAACUUCAGUAACAUGAGCAAAAACAAGAAGCUCUUUGUGGCACACGCUCUACAGAAGGUGAAGAUCGAAGCGAACGAGAGUGGAACCAAGGCAUCUGCAGCCACUGCUGCCAUUAUUUAUGAGCGAAUGGCCCCACCUGAAGUCGCGUUCGACAGACCCUUCCUGUUCCUGAUCCGACACAACCCCACAGGCACCAUUUUAUUUAUGGGGCAAGUUAUGGAACCCUAGAACUACCACCGUGUAAAGACAAUACUCACACCGAAUCUGGAAAGCUGUAGAGAAGAUUGCAAUUAAACUGGCAAACAAAAUGGGAAAGCUUUGACUCCACGGUGAUCAACCUGCCAGCUGCCACCAUCAUUCUGGAUGUUAUCAUUGCUGAGAAAGGCCGGAUGCGUUUUGCGUGGCCCUCAUGCCUUCCAUCGCAGCACAGCAAGCCGCCGUCCAAGCGCCACCUCUCAAAGUAUUAGCUGUUUCCUCUCGAAAGGCGCCCCGACACCUUUUGCUAUUGUGAAGCCCACUUGCCAGUGAGCCAUUGACUCUCUCCCUCACCAUCGCUAGAAGUAUACUAGAACAUUCCAGAUUUGAUGGCACUUUGUGUGUGCAUGUGCGUGUGUGUGUUUAUGUGUGUGUGUUUAUGUGUGUGUGUGUGUGCGUGCGUGCGUGCGUGCGUGCGUGUGUGUGUGCGUGCGUGCAUGCGUUCGUGCAUAUAAGGGAGGAGGCAGGCUGUAGUCUCAGAUAAUCUCCAGGGUCUAGUUGUCCUACUUGCCUUUUGUGAAUGGGUAACAAAUCCCAUCUUCUCCCUUGUUUAUUUGUACGUAUCUAUACUGAACCUUGCACUGUUGCCUUCCAAAAAUGUGUUUGAACAUAUGAAAAUUAUAGUUUAGUUUAAUAUAAUAUAUUUUUUUGCAAUUUUUAUGUAAUUUAUUUCUCUGAUCUUGGAAGCUUUAUAAUUAGUAAAAUAGAAACUAUAUCAAUUCGUGGUUUGUGAUCAGUGAUUUUAUGUGGCGUAACUUUCUGAAUAGGUGCACGAAGGUAACAUUGCAACACCCAGCUCACAGUGAGCCCAUUCUGGGAACAUAGACAUGUGGGCCAUUCAGCCCCUUGAGCCUAUUCUGACAUUUAUGUAGAUCACCGAUUACAAACAUGAGAGAGUCUGCAGAUGUUGGAAACCCAAAGCAAUACGCAAGAUGCUGAAGGAAUUCAGGCAGGUCAGGCAGCUUCUAUGGAUGGAAGAGAACAGAUAUCAAAGGGAAGAGUCUCGACCCUGCAUGUUGAUUGCCCCCUUCCCUCCAUAGAUGCUGCCUAACCUGCUGAGUUCUUCUGGUGCUCUGUGUAUUGAUCCAGAAUCUGACCUGCUGAGUUCUUCCAGUGCUUUGUGUAUUGAUCCAGAAUCUGACCUGCUGAGUUCUUCCAGUGCUUUGUGUAUUGAUCCAGAAUCUGACCUGCUGAGUUCUUCCAGUGCUUUGUGUAUUGGCCAAGAAUCUUGUUACACCCUUGUUCAGCAUCCACAUUUCCAUCUAAAGAAAAUGAAUUCUGUCCACCCGCUCCCUCCACUUAUCCUAAAAACCUCAGUUUGAUUAACACCCCUGAACUCUUCAUCCUUUGCCAAGAACAACCAUUGUCAUGAAACCAUAAUCGCCUACGACACAGGACACAGCGUAUAAUGAUGAUACUGACUCUUCAUUCCAUCAGGAUAUUGGGACACACCAAUUCCACACGUUAAACCAACAGGAUCAAGGCAGAUAAAGCCGCAAGGGGGAGUAUUUUAAAAUCUAGAUUACUAUUCCAGAAGGAAAAUUCUAUGAGAGCUUAUUAAAGCCCGCAUCAGUGAUAAAGAAACAACAAACCUUGCACCCCUUAUCUUCCAGGAUCAUGUCUCAUGAAGUCUGAUGUAGAAAGAUCCACACCUUAAUCCUGCACUUUGCUCUAACAUCCCAGAAAGUGCUGCCGGUUGGAUGUCACGGUACUGCUUAUCUGUUAGGGUGAUAGAGUAGGUUUACUUUGAAAAGAAAUAACCCAACAGCAACUAGAAGGAACAUGAGAGCCAAGCUGCUCAGUGUAUAUGCAUGGGUUUCAUUUCAUUGUGUUAUCUGUGUUUGAGAGUAUUUUAUAUCAGUUAAUAUGAAUGUACUUUUCAAAUUAUUAUGAAAAUGGAAAAUAAUGGAUGGAGGGUAUUUGUAUAUUCUGUCUCUUUUGUAUUAAGAAUUCAAAUAAAUAUCUCUUUUACUGA